UCCGUUGUCUCCUAUUUAAGAGCUUGGCUCCAAAGGGCUGCGAUCUCCCCACGGGUCACCAUGAAGGCCACACUGCUCCUGCUGGCGGCGCUCCUCUUCGCCUACGGCACCCUUGGCGCCGAGGUGCCCUUCGCUCUGUGGCAGUUUGGAAGCAUGAUCCAGUGCUAUCAGCCAGGAGUCAACCCCUUCCUCUACAACAACUACGGCUGCUGGUGUGGCUUUGGGGGCUCCGGAACCCCAAGGGAUGGAGUGGACAGGUGCUGCAAUGCCCAUGACCUCUGCUACCAGGCCGCCAGGAAGAAUCCAGCAUGUCGCCCCCUGGUGGAUGUGCCAUACACCAAGCAGUAUGACUACACCUGCACUGCUUCUCAGGUCGAAUGCUCAGCCUCUAAUAAUGCCUGCCAGGCUACCGUGUGUGACUGUGACCAGGCUGCAGCUUUCUGCUUCUCCCAGCACACAUACAACCCAGAGAACAAGAACCUGGACAAGAGCAUCUACUGCAAAUGAAGCCACAUCCCCAAGAGCAGAGCAACACUGAGGUGGUGCUGGUGUGAUCCAUGACAGCCUGCCUCAAACAGCUUUUCUGUAUUCUCAGUGAUUCACAUAACUAUCUUACAUAUUCACAAUGUGCAGCAGAUUAUAUGGAAACAGAUAAUGUGGUGGGUACUGUAGAAAGUAACCAAUCAAUUUUGGCAAUAAAGUUAAAUCUGUUAUGCAUGGGUGCAUACGAGUGUGAGUGUGGAGCAGAAUGAGUGAGUGUGAGUGUGGAACAGCAUGGCUAAGUGUGAGUAAGUGUGGAGCUUAAAUGUGGGGCAGCAUGGCUGAGUGUGAGUGUGGGGCAGCAUGAGUGAGUGUAUAGCAGAAUGAGUGAUUGUGAAUAUGGAGCAGCAUGGCUGAGUGUGAAUAUGUGUGUGGAGCAGCAUGGCUGAGUGUGAAUAUGAGUGUGCACGUGCACACACGCACAGGGUCACUUAAACUCUUGCUGAA